AAACACUCGUGGAGUUGAGGGUGUGUACGUUCCAUUCAAGUGCACGAUAAGCGCGUUUUAAUCGUGGGGUAUCAUACUUAAUAUGAUGCGUUGAAUCCAAUUAAGUGGCCGCCGGGAAGCUGAGCUGAGGCCAUAAAAAACGAAGCUCAAACCGGUAACAAUUCACAGAACAAAGUGAGCGGUUCAUUCUAGGUUCCACAGCUACAGCAACCAUGGCCGUCGACGUGGUGACGAUGGCCGCGAUUGGCGCCAUUUUGGCGCUGCUGUACUAUUACGUGCGUAGUCGAUAUAGCUACUUCCUGGACAAGCCCUACCCGCACUUAAAGCCCACCUUUCUGUUGGGCAGUUCCGGUCCGAUGAUCCUGCGGCGUCGUGACAUGAUCGAGCACAUCAAGAAGACAUACAACAGCUUCCCGGACGCAAAAGUGUUCGGCGCCUACGAUUUCCUCACACCAACGCUCAUGAUACGCGAUCCGGACUGUGUGAAACAGAUCGCGGUGAAGGAUUUCGACUACUUCACCGACCACACGCCUUUUGUGCCGAACGAGCAUGACGUCCUGAACACCGACAACAUGUUCCUGAACUCGCUAUUUAUGAUGCGCGGUCAGAAAUGGCGUGACAUGCGGGCCACACUAAGUCCCGCUUUCACCGGAAGCAAGAUGCGCCAGAUGUUCGAGCUGGUGUCUGAGAGCGGCCAGGGGAUGGUGAAGCAUCUGCUGAAGGAAGCGUUAUCCGACGGUUCGAAGCAGGAGUACGAAAUGAAGGACCUGUUUACGCGCUUCGGCAACGACGUGAUCGCAUCGAUCGCGUUCGGCAUCCAGGUGAACUCGUUCGCCGAGCGGGAGAACGAUUUCUACAUGCGCGGGAAGAAACUGCUCAACUUCACGUCGUUCUGGGCGAGCAUACGGUUCAUGCUGUUCAUCACGAUGCCGAAGCUGAUGCUGAAGCUGAACAUCGAGCUGAUGGAUCGGGAAAUGUGUGAACACUUUCACGCGAUGAUCAUCGACAACAUGCGGGUGCGCGAGGAGAAGGGCAUCGUGCGCAGCGACAUGAUCAACAUACUGCUGCAGAUCAAGCGUGGCGCGUUGAACCACCAAAAGGAGGAACCGGACGUGAAGGAUGCUGGGUUCGCGACGGUGCAGGAGUCCACCGUUGGCAAGAGCGCGGUCACACGCAACUGGACCGAGAAGGAGCUGGUCGCGCAAUGUUUCCUGUUUUUCCUCGCCGGGUUUGACACCAUCUCGACCGCGCUCGGGUUCCUGUGUUACGAGCUGAUGCUACACCCGGACGUGCAGGAACGGCUGUACCGCGAGGUCAUCGAGGUGGACGAGAGUCUCGAGGGUAAACCGCUGUCGUACGAUGCCGUCCAGGGCAUGCGCUACAUGGACAUGGUGGUGUCGGAAUCGCUUCGUUUGUGGCCACCGGCUCCAGCAGUCGAUCGGUACUGCAACCGGGAUUACACCUUCGACGAUGGGGAAGGUUUGCGUUUCAAGAUCGAGAAGGGCCACACCGUCAUGGUGCCGGUUGCGGGCUUCCACAGCGAUCCCAAGUACUUCCCCGAUCCAGAUCGCUUCGAUCCGGAGCGGUUCAGUGAGGAGAACCGGCACAACAUCAACGCGGGCGCGUACAUGCCGUUCGGUGUUGGUCCUAGGAACUGUAUCGGGUCACGUUUCGCGCUGAUGGAGGUGAAAUCCAUCGUCUACUAUCUGCUGAAGAGCUUUACGUUCGAGCGAUGCGGCCAAACGCAGGUGCCACUGCGGCUGAAGCGCAAUCCGGCUGUGAUAAGCGCCGAGAAAGGGAUCUGGAUUCGUUUUAAACCGCGAGAGGUUGCCACCAACUAAGCGCUUUUUAUGAACCGUUUCCCAACAAAAGCAAAUGCCAAUAAAAUGUCGCAUCGGUAAACAAACCUUCUAUCGAAUUAUAUCUAAUCAGCUAGUGGCACGGGUUGCUGCCUUAGUUAUCGAUUUAGGGCGUGUUCAUGACCUCCGUCUACGGUAAAAUCUGUUGCCCUAGUAGGGAAGUGUUCAUAGAUUCCAUAAACAAA